AAUAAAAGGAGGCAACUGGAAGAAGGAGAUGGUAGGCAGCAGGUGAUGUUUGUAGAUGGACGCUGCGGACGUUUGAUUUAGAAUUAGUUAGAAUUAUUUUUUGGGGAAGUUUUUUGCAGAGGUGUCAUCUAAUGCAAGGCAACAAUGGGUUUGGAUGGCAUGGAAGUAAUUGCCAUAAUUGUUGUGAUUGGACUGUUUAUUGUGGUGCUCAAACAGUUUGGGAUUUGGGAGCCGUUGUCGCUGGAAGAUGAUGACAGCACCGACAGCGAUCUGGAGCUCUCGAUGGUGCGUCACCAACCCGAAGGCCUCGAGCAGCUCCAAGCCCAGACCCAGUUCACCAGGAAGGAGCUGCAGUCGCUUUACAGAGGCUUCAAGAAUGAAUGUCCCAGUGGACUCGUGGAUGAAGAAACAUUCAAGACCAUUUACUCACAGUUCUUCCCUCAAGGAGAUGCAACCACGUACGCUCAUUUCCUGUUCAACGCCUUCGACAUGGACAGAAACGGCUCCAUCCGGUUUGAGGACUUUGUGAUAGGAUUGUCCGUGCUGCUUCGAGGCUCGGUGACAGAAAAACUGCGAUGGGCGUUUAACCUGUAUGACAUCAACAAGGACGGCUACAUCACGAAAGAGGAAAUGUUGGCAAUAAUAACGUCCAUCUAUGACAUGAUGGGCAGGUAUACUUUACCCAGUGUGCGAGACGAUUCCCCCUUUGAGCAUGUGGAGAAGUUCUUCCAGAAAAUGGAUCGUAACCGAGACGGGGUGGUGACCAUCGAUGAGUUCAUAGAAACUUGUCAGAAGGAUGAGAACAUAAUGGCUUCCAUGCAGCUCUUUGAGAAUGUCAUCUAGUUUGUUGAAAGUGAUUGGAGAGCAGCAACGCCGCGUAGUGCUUCCAGCUGCGACCGUCUAAAUAUUUCCAUUCAUCCUCAGCAGGAAAACUUGAGUCAUGCAACACAUUCGAACACAAACCGGUGAACACUAAACAUUACUUUCCAGUCAAACUGCUUUCCGUGUAGAGAAGGGUGCAGGAUUCACCAAAUCACCCCAAGAAGAACAUGUUUCUUUGCAUGGCAGUUUUAUUUUGUGUUUGCACAUGAAGGAAACCAAGAACACGUCAUCGGAGCCGGAUGAGCAUGAGUUUAUGCCUGACAUUUAAAAAAAAAAGCAUGUGAUGCAAAACACUUUGAACACAAACAAGGGGUUUCAUUUCCCAGCACUUUGAAACAAAUGAGAAACUUUGUUUUUGUAUUAUAUUGUAAAAAAUAUAUAUAUAUAUAGUUUGCUCCUAACUUUUAGAUUUUCAUGUGAACGUGAUACCCAGUCCUUGUGCUGUUGACCUAAAACCUGCUGAAACCGACCCUCUGAUAAUCCUCCUCCUAUUUUAUCUUCCACUUUCAGGGACCAUCUGCUUUGUGCUAAAUCUUUUCCACCUUUUUAUCUUGUAUCAGCUUCCACCGGGGCAACACACGAGGCUGAGAGCUGUGAAAGCAGCAGGAUGUUCACUUCCAAAUGAAACAAGGAAUUACCCAGAAUAUUUACCCUGUGCUAAUUUUAAUAUCUAGCAAGUGAUUACAUCAGAUUUGUUGCAUUGUAUUUGACGUUGUGUAACUGUAAGGCUGCAAAAAACAAAAAAAUAAAGCAAU